AUGUCUCCUUCAACUCACUUUCAAAGCAGUCAAUUCAACGAUGAUUCUACGAGUGAUUCAAGUCGCUUCACCAUUCCAGGUUCUGGAAAUAAAUAUCAAGCACAAGAUUACUCCACUCUUGUUCCUAACAGACGUGAUAACGAGGAGGUGGGUUGCGCAAAAAUCUUUCAACUCCAGUCAUUUAAUCAGAACAUCACGGUUACCACUAAUCAAGGCUAUCCAGAUGCAUCGACUCUGAACAACCUAUCUCCUGAUGACUGGUAUACAAUCGGCUCGGUCAUGCCUGACCUUAUCAACAACAACGUCGGAUCUAUAUCACUACCUCAACUUGCGUUUUCUACACCUGGCCUUGCAAACGCUACAGUUUAUGAUGUCGUAGCGCAACCAAAUGGAGGGCUCGGAUAUGCUACCGUAAACGCUACGACACGUGACGCACUAUAUAUGUUGUCGACCAAUAUCGAAACAAACAAUGAAUCGCUCGUUGAAGAAUAUGGAGUAUAUUUGAACUGGACAUAUUAUGAUUCCAAGAACAAACCUCAAAUUCAGAACAUAACGGUUUACUUUGCCGAAUGUGCCAUGUCCAUUCAGACAUCCAAAGCGGAAGUUGAUGUAACCACCAACACACUUGUAUCAUGGCCAUUAUCUCCCAGUGAUGCUAUCGCUAAAGACUGGGCACCAUUUCCUUUCAAAGCAGCUAAUACAUCUGCGGAAUGGCUACCAACGAGUUUGCUAAAUGCACCACAAUCUUCUACAUGGGUCGGUGCAUGUGGAGGGGGUGGAGGCUCGUAUAACAUUGGGGACCUAGAUUCGUACUUGACACAAGCCAUCGGCUCAGCUAACCAGUACAACAACACAUCGGAGGUUGCUUUGUUUGGAGAACAGCAAAAUCCGCCAUCCAUCAAUCUUACCGUAUCGGCUUUGGAGAGCGCACUGUCACAUAUGGUUGCCGGGAUGGUAUGGAUUGCGGGACAGAGUGGAUCAAAAGGAUUUACUCGGGAGUCAGGCGAAACAUGGAUGGAGGCUCAAUAUCAAUAUAACAUCAUGACCGUUGCGUCUAUAGUCAUGCUUGCGGCUGAGCUGGCAAUCACGGGUUUCAAAGGAAAAAAGGACACGGUACUCCGGGGGACGGGUAUCCUUGAUGUACUAUGGCUAACAGCCAAGCUCCCGUCCCUGUCGGACCAUAUGAUGGAUAUCGACAUGCCAACGUCGGAUGCGCUCAGAGCUGCUGGGAUGCACAAAGUAUGCCUGGAGGAAGAGCUUUCAGAAACCAGUAAGAACAGAUUAAUAAUGACCUGA